CACAGCAUACUUCCGACACAACGCCCAUGAAUCCCCUGAAAUCUCUUGGAGUAUGGUUUCUCAAAAUCGGUUUGGAAUUGAGUGUGCACAACAUGGUUUGCCGGAUUGGGUUGACAGGGUUUCCGUACCUCCUUCCUCUGACGGCCAUUUUGCGAAAGCAGAAAGCUUCGCGCCUGCAGCGACACAGCGAGAAGAGUACUGUGGUCUACAUUUGCAACAUGGAGACCACAACCAUGAUUGCGACGGGACCAGAGGUCCUCUUAGAGGGCCCAGUCAAGGUAAGCUGCCCUAGACAUUCUCAGAUCAGACAAUUCUGAUAGCUCACGCAGUUGACAACCUGGCAUCCGUGCCUUGAAUUGAGCGACGACGACAAUGGCAAGACUCGGUGGCGUAUCGUGAUGCGCACCGAGGACGAGAGAGACGGGACCUUUCUCGUUCUGCGAGAAUUGUCCAACGAGUCCACGAGGACACUUUAUGUGAUCCCACCACCAGUCCCGCAGCAGCCCAGAAAUCGACGAGAGCAGAAGCAGGCAAACCAUGUCGCGUAUUGGAAAAGCCGACAAAUUUUCAUCACCAUCCGGCUCGAAGGCCACCGCUGUUGCUUCCCUUCCGUAUUCACGCACAAGCCCAUCGAUUUCGCCGAGAUGGCAAGAAAGUCCCCCCAGCAGCCAUUUUCGUCGGCCUUCAACCUGUUUCUUGGUGACGACCAGCCCGAAACUGUUAGUGUCGCGAUUGCGCUGCACAAAGCGUUCCUCAAGUUCAUCGCAAAGAAAUUACUCAACGGCCCCAAGGCAAACCUUCGAAGCCGAUCUACCCACGUCACGAAGGGACUCGACCGGGGAACUAGCAAUGACGACCAAGCUAUUAUCGAGACCAGCGACUGGGAGUGGGGACGCGUAGUUGACACAAGUAUGAACGGUAUCAAAACUCACCAUGUACCCAGAAACUGGACGGAGGAAAUGUUCGACAGAGAUUCGUCUUACCGCCGAUACCGGGUGUUUCGUAUGAGCAACCUUCGACACUCUUGGAGCUAUGAGGAUGAAGGAGAGCAGGAAGCAGAGGAGAAUGUGGCUGGGGUCGAGGAGGUGACGUACCGGAUGGAGGAGCUUAUGGAUGAUGGAGAAGUAAUCACUCAUUGGGACAUCGAGGAACCGUGGUGGUUGGAAGAAAUGACAGACGAUACUACGGAAUGAGCCUUUUGGACUGGAAUGGAGCAGAAUGGGUGGAAUUGUCGGACUAUUACCUUGAAGUUGAACCCGUUUCCAUCGGUGGAGAACCUAUGAUAUAAUGCCAGUCACGAUUCCCUUCUU